CCUCAGACACGCAGCAGUCGGGACGUGAGCUGCGGACACGUCAAAGGCUUUAUGAUAUCCUGGGGCACACAAAAAGAGUCGUCAGGGGUGGUUUGAGAACGAUGGGACGCAGCGACAGCUCGUGACUGAUUGUACUCCUGUGGAGAGGGCUUGGCCAGAGCGAAACACCUCUGGAGCACUAGAUGACACACAGCUCGAGCAGCUUUAAAAAACUGGUGAAAAAAAUUGAAAUUGUGUCCUGAAGCUGAGGUGCUUUUCUUGAGAAUUCUUGGCGGACAUGGGUAAUGGAAUAAACAAGGUCCUGCCUGAUCUUUAUCUAGGAAAUAUCAAAGAUGCGAGAGACGGAGAACUGUUGGCAAAGCACAACAUCACCCACAUCUUGUCCAUCCAUGACACAGCUGCACCCAUCCUGGAGGGCAUGACGUACCUGUGUAUAUCUGCUGCUGACCACUCUAAGCAGAACCUGACUCAGUACUUCAGAGACAGCAUCAUGUUUAUCCACGAGUCCCGACUGAAAGGAGAGGGCUGCCUCGUCCACUGUGUUGCAGGAGUGUCCCGCAGUGUGACUCUGGUGGUGGCUUACAUCAUGACAGUGACCGGUCGCGGCUGGGUGGAGUCCCUGGCGGCGGUGAGGGCAGCUCGGCCGUGUGCGGGGCCGAACCUGGGCUUCCUCAGGCAGCUGGAGGAGUUUGAAAACACAGAACUGACAGAAUAUCGGGCCUGGUGGAAGGACCGAUACGGGAAGAAGAACUCGUUCAAUGACGAUGAGGAGGUGAAAACCCUUUUAACUCAGAAGUCUAACAACAGCAGCAAGACCAUAACGACCAGCAUCACUCCUGCACUGGGCACCAGUGGCACCUGAAAGAACGUCUUCCAGUCAGUCUCGUUUUUCCUUGAACUUGAACAAGCUUCUGCCCGGACCAUUUAACCCACCGAGACCAGACCAGCUGUCUUUAUCGUCCAUCCUGCAGAUAAAAAAGCCACAGCAGGGGUCUGCUUUCGUUUUAUUGUUGCGAUAUGUUGAAUCUCAUGUUUGCAGAAGUAGUCAUGUGAUGGGAGGGGGUUUUUAUGUCAUCAUCUCUGUCCCCCUCGUCAUGUCAUGUCCUUGCUUCUAACUGUCAAAACAACAUGCAAGGGCAGUCAAGCACAACACCAACGAAAUAUGUACAUACAGUCCACAGUGUGAACACACAUUUAGCUGUGUGCACUCCCCGUCAGUUAUGUUAUGCUGUGUCCUCUACUUGAAAUAUGAGUAUUACUUUCUGUAGACACUGUGGAAGCUGAAGAAACGCUGUAUCUUCCAGUAACACAGGGCCAGAGGCAGUAUUUAUACAUUUAUAACUGUUUUAUUCCUUAAUUGAACGUAUUAUUGUUGAAUUAUAUUAUUUUUGUUUUAAUGUCAUCAGCUUGUGGAGUUAAUGAUUCACACCGACAUUUAUUUUACACAUGUGAAUUUGCAUUUUAUUUAAUUAAAUACCCAUUAAAGUGAGAUUUAAUUUGU